GUCCUACCUUGGGACUCUUGGUCGCACGGAAUGGGACACCAUUCCUGGUAGCUACUGCAACGGUACUCAUCAGUCUCCCAUCGAUAUCAUCACCAAUAUCGCCGUCCCUACUGACCUUGGUACCUUCGUACUGGAUGAUUACUCAGCUACUAACCCAAACUUGGAUAUGGACAACAACGGGCAUGGAAUAACGGUCAGAUUGCACGAUGAGCUUCAACAUUUAUACAAUCUUUCUGGAGGAGGCCUCCCUACUACUUACACUGCUACCCAGUUCCAUUUCCAUUGGGGAUCUGUCAACACUCAAGGCUCUGAACAUAAUGUUGAUGGUACAGCAUACCCUGCUGAGUUACACAUGGUUCACUACGACAAGUCCAGAUACAGUGAUGUCGUGGCCGCUUUGACGAGCUUGGAAUGGAACGCCGUCGCCGCCCUGGGUGCGUUCAUUGAGAUUGGAGAGGACAAUAAUCCCGCCUUCGAUAAUUUCAUAGCUUACUUCGACCAGAUCUCUAACUACUCAUCAGGCGACACAUCUCUUGGUAUUGGAAACCUUCCAUCGUUCCCGAUCCGUUCCGUCUUUCCCUUCGACCUCUCCAGGUUCUACCGAUACAACGGCUCUUUGACAAUACCAAACUGCUACGAAUCCGUCAUCUGGACUGUUUUUGAAGAUACCAUCAAAAUUUCUCAAGAACAGCUUGACAAAUUCCGCACCGUAUAUGGCGACCAGAAGAACGUUAAUGGCACUGACCUACCUAUCGUCGACAACUACCGCCUCACUCACCCUCUGUUUGACCGCACAAUCUAUUACAGCAGACCGAGCGCUCCAGCCGGCGGCGACACGACACCCAGUCCAGGAGAUGGAGGUGGUGCAGUUACCAUCUCACCGAUGAGGGCGCUGCUCUUGAUAGCUCUUGCCCUUCAUAUGCUCUUCAGUCGCUUUUAGUUUAUAACGAUUUAAGGAAGGGAGGAGUUUUGACUUCUAAGCUAAUCAGAUACCAAAGUAAUUUCUAGGUUAUUUUGUUGUUGUUAAUGUGCAGGGAAGUUAAUUGUUAAGAUUGAAAUAAGCAGUGAUAAAAUUCAAUACUUCUAUAAAGGCCUCUAAACCUAGAGACUGAGAGGGUCACUUAAUCCUGUUCAUCAAUUUAUAUGUGAUUAUGUUCAUUUUGUAUGUACAUUAUAACAUUUAAUUGAUAUCACACUCGUUUAAGAAUGGUACCAGAAAGGAACAUGGCCCCUGAAUAUGUGUAUUUUACAUUUGACCUCAAAAUAGAUAGGUCUAUAGGGUCAUUUCCUUUUGAGAAGAGUGUGAACUUGAAUUGAUUGAAUUAUUCUCCCUAUAUAAUAAGAUGUCAUCAGGCAUCUGAACUAAAUUAUACAUAAUUUGGUGUAGAAGUCUUGCAGUACUGUUAAUAAACGCUGUUUUCUGUGUAUGAAAUAUAGCUGACAUAUUUUAUAUAGAAGACGUUUGUUCAAGCGACCUCUGAUGUAAAUAAAAGAAUAAUCGUAAGAUUUCAAGAAAGAAAAAUAACAUAGAAAUAAUCAAUUAAUGUGUUUUUAACAUAGAAAACUCGUACUAUAGUUACUCUCAGAACAUUUACCUACAUUUGGGCCUUCAUUGUAUCCUUGUAAUGUAGCCUGAAAAAAAAAUAUGUAGGUGUAAACGCUUUACUCGAGUGACUAUCGUGCACACCUCUAUAUAGUGUAUUUAUUCUUCUUCAUCUCAUUCAUUUAUUUUAUUGCGUCAAGAGUUUUUUUUAAUCAUUCAUUUUUUUCCUUCUGGGAAUCUAUAUGCUAAGCUUUUUAAUAGGUUCCUCAUGUUUCACGUCAUUCAAUUACUUUGUAAAACAGUGAAUGUAAUAAUUGUGAUAAUACUCUCACUUGCUCCAGAUUUUGGGGGAUUGUAAAGCAAUCGAUGAAAUGAAAUCAAACUCUGUAUAUAUGACAAGGCAUGAUGAAGUGUUUUCAGUAUUUGCAGUUGCCAUUUAUAACAAGUAAUAUUUUAUACGCUAGAGUGGACCAACUACAGACUUGGUCUGUUGUAAUUUGUAGAGAUAGAAAUAUUGAUAUCGGGGGAGUGUUUCAUGAUAGGACUUGCCGGAAAAUUCCUGUUUUAUCCGAUAGUUACUAUGGUAACAGUGCCUCUCGGCCAAUCAUAACCAAGGAAAGUUGUCAGACCUGACAACUUGUCGGACGAAAAUGUUAAUGAAGCGCUCCCCAGUACUUCGAAAGUGAUAUAUUAUUUGAUUUUACUUUUUCUUUGUAAAUGAAUUGAAUGGGGGAAAAAAUCACAAAAAUCAUAAUAAAUCCGAGAGUUAUAGCUACGUUAUUUACUAUAUAACACCGCGUUAUUUACCAAUUCACAAAAUAAUGACAGUGCCUUCAAGUACAUUUAGCUUUUUAAAUAGCGCCAACUAAGUUUGAAUUGGGAAAGAAGGUGCCGAUAAUAUUGGGCCUUUGGCAUGUUUGGUGCAAGGGGUGCAACGCUUUCUUUUACGACAUUUAAUUCCGAAAAUGACAGAAAAUGCGUCAUUUCAAGGUCAUACGAGUAAGAGUGAUGCAUUUCGUGGUUUGUUCCACGCGCGCAUUGAUUUAUUCCUGUGUGCGAAACAUCACAGACUAUUUUGAUUGAACUAAUAUUUCGAAGCAUAUCAUGAUUACAUUUGUAUGGAUUUCUCAUUAAGGCUUUCCACAAAGUUUGUCAGUCUGCUUCCUACUAUCACUGAUCUGUACACUAUCAUAUUCAUCCUAAUAUUCAAUCAGUGCCUACUAUUUAAAAUUCUGAUGGUAUUCAUAAAGAUGAAAAUCAGUUCGAGAUUGAUUAUACUGCUUGUACUUCCUUGCAAAUGUUGAUUCAACUCAGUACUAUACUGUAGAUCCUCCAAACAAUAAAUACAGGGCCGAAUUCUAAUUAUCUCUUUUGCUUACAUGACAGCAUUACCAUGUAUAUAUCUUUUUUCAUGUAUUUAAGUUAAGAUUACUUAGAUUGUAUUUACAAAUCUCAAACAAAGUACUGAAUUCUCUUUGCACAGGUUUCUUAAAAUUUGGGUUUGAAAAGUGCGAUGUUUCAAGAUUCAUUUCGACACGCUUCUCGAUAUGCAUACUAUUAUCAAAGCUAGAUGAUGUAUGAACAAGUACGAACACCGAGUGAUUAGUUUCCUUUAAAACUUAAUUUUGUGCUUUUCUUGAAAUGUACUCGUGUUGAGAAAAUAUGCAAAACGUUUCUAUUACUUAAUGUUCUGAGAAUCUCUGUGUCUGUGUAGAAUAUGUGCGGACACAACAUUACUGAAUCCGAUGACGUCGAGAAGACAUUGGAGAUGUAUGAAGAACUAUCAUAACCCAGAAUAUAUAUAUAUUUCAGCGUCAUUGUUUGUAUAGGUUGCUUUAGAUCUGCGACGCUGCACCCUCGACGUGGUUAUUUCUCAAGAAUAGAAUCAUGCGCAUGCGUAUCAGCUACUCCUUGUCCCGCGCAUGUAAAUCUUUGACCAAUAAUCACGUUCGUCAUGGAAGUUGCAUCGUAAAUCUAAAGCUCCUGCAUUGUUGAUGUGGACUAUAAGCGGAUGUGAGAAGUAUUCAUUUUAGAAUUCAGUUACUCUUUAUAUUAUAUUGUGAGAUUGUACAUUGAAUGUUUGUUAUCAUUCAGAACAAAUAUAUAUAUAUAGUUCUCAAAGGAGACUUUACCUCUCAACACCAAACUAUAUGUUAUGUUUUCAAAACAUUCUUAUCAAGAUAUUCACAACUUUGAAGUAAUAAAGUUUUCUAAACAUUCAUUAUCAAGAUAAUCACAUCUUGAAGUAAUAAAGCGAUUUAAUAAAUGUGA